AUUGCUCCUGUGCUCCAUUACUCACUCAUUUUCCUCCUAAAAAACAGAAGAACACAAAUUCAAAGGGUCAAGAAAAUGGAGAACAAAUUUGAUUCAGAGAAAGUGAUUGAGGAAUUUGAAUCAAUAACCAAAAAUGCCAAAAAGGUUCAAGCUGAAACAUUAAAGAAAAUCUUGAAAGAAAACUGUGAAGCAGAAUACUUGAAAAAAUGGAACCUUGAUGGUAAAUUUGACCCUCAAACUUAUACUUCUAGUGUUCCUGUUGUUACCCACAAAGAUCUUCUGCCUUAUAUUCAAAGAAUUGCUGAUGGUGCCAACUAUCCAGUCCUUACUGGAAAACCAAUCACCACUAUUACACUAAGUUCUGGAACUACUCAAGGGAAGCCAAAAUUUGUACCUUACAAUGAUGAGUUGACUGAAACAACAAUGCAGAUUUAUCGGACUUCUUUUGCUUUUAGAAACAGGGCAUUUCCUAUUGGAAAUGGAAAAGCUUUAAGUUUUAUCUUUGGAAGCAAGCAAUUUACAACAAAAGGUGGAUUACUAGCGGGGACCGCGACUACAAACGUAUACCGUAGCUCACAGUUCAAGAAAACAAUGCGGGCAAUACAAACCCCGUGUUGUAGCCCAGAUGAGGUUAUCUUUGCACCGGAUUUUCAUCAAUCUUUAUAUUGUCAUCUCCUAUGUGGACUUAUUUACCAUGAAGAUAUUCAAGUCAUAUCGUCCACAUUUGCCCAUAGCAUUGUUCAUUCAUUUAGGAUCUUUGAGUUAGUGUGGGAAGAAUUGUGUUCUGACAUUAGAAAAGGUGUUUUGUCAGCCAGGGUCACGGUUCCAUCAAUUAGAACCGCGAUGGCCAGGGUUCUGACACCGAACCCUGAACUGGCUGACAAGAUUUAUAACAAGUGUUUGGGGUUAGUGGAAUGGAACAGGUUGAUCCCGGAAAUGUUCCCUAAUUGUAAGUACAUUUAUGGGAUCAUGACCGGGUCAAUGGAACCGUAUUUAAAAAAGCUACGCCAUUAUGCUGGUGAAGUACCGUUGUUGAGUGGAGAUUACGGGUCGUCAGAAGGGUGGAUUGGAGCAAAUGUUAACCCAAAUUUGCCACCCGAGAUGACUACUUUUGCCGUGCUUCCUGAUAUUGGGUAUUUUGAGUUCUUACCAUUGACAGAGGUUGACUUGGAUGGCCCAAUUGAGUCCAAACCGGUUGGCUUGACCGAUGUCCAAAUUGGGGAAGAGUAUGAGGUUGUGGUCACGAAUUUUGCAGGUCUGUAUAGGUACCGGCUAGGCGACGUGGUUAAGGUUAUUGGAUUCCAUAACGCAACCCCGGAACUCCAGUUUGUUUGUAGAAGAAACCUCAUGCUCACUAUCAACAUAGACAAAAAUACUGAAAAAGAUUUACAGUUAUCAGUUGAAGCAGCCGCAAAGCUUUUAGCUACUGAAAAACUAGAGGUCCUUGACUUUACAAGCCAUAUUGACCUGUCCUCGGAGCCGGGCCACUACGUGAUCUUUUGGGAAGUUAGUGGGGAGGCAAGUGAUGCGGUUUUAAAAGAAUGUUGUAAUUGUUUGGAUAAGUCAUUUGUUGACGCGGGCUAUGUGAGCUCACGAAAAGUCAAUGCAAUCGGGCCUCUAGAGUUGCGGGUUUUAAAGAGAGGGACCUUUCAGAAGAUUUUGGAUCACUAUGUUGCGCAAGGGUCAGCGUUGAACCAAUUCAAGACUCCACGGUGUGUGAGCCCGGCUAACCAAACAGUGUUGCAAAUACUUUGCAGCAAUGUUGUUAAAAGUUAUGUGAGUACUACUUUUGGUUAAGGUAUCAUGAUGUCUUCUAUUGUUACAGUUUGGAUUGAUUUUGCUUAAAUACUUAAUAUAUACAUCGUGUAUACAAUGUCUCUUUUUGACAUUUGUAGGUUAUAUCAAGUUUUCAAUUAGAAAAAGUACAUGAUAUUUUUUCAUGAAUAUCAAUGUAAUUAAUGUAUGUGGACUUCACUGAUCUAUCUAUAAUAAAAUUUGGGUAA